AUGUCCUACUCACACUAUGUUUUGUGCCGCUUCGAACAGAAGUCCGGCGUGACAUACGACCGACCAUCGUUCAAGCCUGUUGAGGAUAAGUUCGGCGAUCGCUUCAAGUCCGCAUCCAUCAGCGGCUCGACUAUGGACGUUGAGAUCUACAUGAAGGACAUUUAUUUUGACUCGACGCGAGAUGAGCUAUAUGAUGCCUUGGAGGCCAUGCUCCUGAAUGCUUAUUUCGACCCCACUGACAACUUUGUGUUCGAGACAAGCGGAGACAAGUUUGCCGAGCAUUGGCACAAUGGGAGUGGCCGGAUGCAGCAGUGUAAUAACUGUAGCAAGAGCCGCUACUGCUCUAACCGCAAAUCCUUCCCAACAGAAUGGUCCUUUCCACUAUACUUAUAUACUCAGAAACUAUCAGAGUUCUUCGACAACGGUAAAUAUGGCGAAAGAUUGAAGUUCAGGUUCUGGUGGAUCUGCGACGACACGUUUAGAGUCGACUUCCACAAGCUUGCAGAUGUAGAUAUUAGCAAGAUAAAGAGAGACCUUUGUGAUGUCUUGGAAGGCAUGGAUUUCUUUGAACGAUUCAAACGUUCUAGCGUAGAGUUCAAAGAAUGGGAGGCGGAAUAUGUCAAUCAUAAUGGGGAUAAGGGCAGCGACGUGGAGUUCAUGAGGGUUCAAGCGGAUGUUCGUGAGUUUGAAGAGUCACGGGCUUCAUGGUAA